UGAAUCUGGAGGCUGCACUGAGGAGGCAGUAUUUGAAUUUGGCUUUAAUAGGAUUUUAACCAUGAUUUGGGGACAGGGAACACAUUUCAGGAGAACAACCGUUUGGCAAAUGUCUGGUGCCCUAUUUUCCCUCAGUUGGAAUGGGACAGAACCUGCCUGGCUUAAAAGGUGGAGAAUUCAGAGUGGAGCUUCCGGGUUCAGGAAGAGCCAGCCUGGAAGAAGUGGUCAAGAAGCAAGGGGUUGGGGUGCCCUCAUUCCUCCCCCCCUUUUCCCACCAGAGGACCCCCAGGCUGACUCCUCAAUCUCACCCCUUCCCCACUUGGAGUCCAAGAUCCAACAGACACACAGCCUUGCCCGCCUCCUCACCAAAUAUGCUGAGCAGCUGCUCCAGGAAUAUGUGCAGCACCAGGGAGACCCCUUCGGGCUGCCUGGCUUCUCGCCCCCGCGGCUGCCGGUGGCCGAUCUGAGCGCCCCGGCCCCGGGCCACGCGGGCCUGCCGGUGCCCGAGCGCCUGCGGCUGGACGAGGCGGCGCUAGCCGCGCUGCCACCGCUGCUGGACGUCGUGCGCCGCCGCCAGGCCGAGCUGAACCCGCGCGCGCUGCGCCUGCUGCGGCGCCUGGAGGACGCGGCGCGCCAGGCGCGGGCCCUGGGCGCCGCCGUGGAGGCCGUGCUGGCCGCUCUGGGCGCCGAGACCCGCGGGCCCCGACCGGAGCCCGCCGCCGCCGCCAUUGCCGCGGCCACUGUCACUGCGGGCGUCUUCCCGGCCAAGGUGCUGGGGCUCCGCGUGUGCGGCCUCUACCGCGAGUGGGUGAGCCGCACCGAGGCCGACCUAGGCCAGCUGGCGCCCGGGGGCCCGGCCUAAGAGCGGGGCACGCGCCGCAGCUCGCGGUCCCCUCCUGGGCCGUCUCCCCCUCUCCAUCCCUCUCCAUCUCCAGCAGCGUCUCUGUGUUCUCCGACCGUCUCCAUCUCUCUAUUUGCUUUGUACACUCUCGAUCUCUUUUUCUCCCUGGGGCCUCCUUGUCUCCGUCUGUGACUUCCCAUGUCUAUCACUUCCUUGCUUUCCCCCUCUUCUUCUCCAUCGCUUGGGCCUGCCUCGCUGAGGAUCUCUGUCUCCCCUUCUCCCCAUCUCUUGCCUCCUCUUGGCCCCAUGUGAGCAUGUGUACAUCUGCGCCUCAUCUCAAGGGGACACCUGGCACUCUGUUUCCCUCUGUCCUUCUCUCUGUCCUUUCCUGGCCAGGGACAUGUCUGCUGACCCUGUGGUGGGUGGGCUCCUCCAGACAAAUUUCAGCCACCUUCCCCCAGGGUCACUCCACCUGCUGCUCUCCCCCUCCCACAUCCCACCCUUUGCGGCCCUGCCUCCUCUGCCUUUGAUGUCCUUUCCCUUCUUCCCCUCCCUCUGCCCUAUCCCUCCCUGUACCUUCCCUUCCCCCCAAGUUAGGUCUACUGGAGAGAAAAAAAA